CCCGUUGGUUGUGAGAUGUGUGAUGGAGCGUGAUUCUUCAGUCGAGAUUCUUUAUGAGGCCAAAGAGAUUACAAAUGCAGCUAUCACUGGAACGGGUCGGUUCAACACCACCAUGGCCUUUUACCCAUCCAGAAGCUUUUACUACCCCAUCACCGAUUUCCCGUACCGAGUGAACCUCAAUCAGCAACUGUACGUGCAGGUGCAGCUAACCCCAGCCGAACCAAGCCUCCAUCUGUUCAUGGACUCCUGUGUGGCCUCGCCAAACCACGACUACAGCAGCCGCACCUAUGACCUUAUACGCAAUGGCUGUCGGAGAGACAACACGGUAAACAUAUACAGAAAUGGAAAUCGUUACUUCGCUCAGUUCAGCUUCAGCGCAUUCAAGUUCCUGCGCACACACAACCAGGUGUUCCUCAAGUGUGAUGUCAUAAUCUGCCCUGACAAUGACUACAACUCACGAUGUCGCCAAGGAUGCAGUUAUCGCAGGAAACGAAGCACUAGCUCUGAUCACCACACUGAGGUCCUCAUCCUUGGGCCAAUCACACUCAAAGGUCCAGAGGAGGCUGAGGCCAAGACGGAGGACAAGGAGUGAACUCACACUGACUGAUUAAUUAAUCACUUAAAUAUAGUUAACACUGAAUAAAUUUGCUAAUAGAUUGUUGAGCAAUCUCUCUUUCUUAAAUACUCACCUGUUGAUUUUUGGGGGGAGAUUUAAACUGUGUUUUUGACCCAAAUUUAGAACCGUCUAAUCCCCGUAAUCUGAAUCAAUCUGCUAUGUCUAAAACAUUUUCCGAUUUUAUGUGUCAGAACGGUUUUGUUGAUCCCUGGAGAUUCCGUAACCCCUCUCUAAAAAAGUUUUCUUUCUUCUCCCAGGUGUAUCAUUCCUAUUCGAUUAUUUUUUUUAUAGACAGCACUCUUGAUUCGUGUGUAGUUUCUUCUGACUAUCUGGGUAUUGUAAUUUCUGAUCACGCGCCUCUACAAUUAGAUAUUCAUCUUUCCAUUUAUAAACGUAUCCCAUCGCCUUGGAGAUUUAAUUCUCUUCUUUUGGCAGACACAGACACUUCCUACUUAAAUUUUUGUGCCUGUGGUUGGGUUUUAAAAUAUCUGUAUAACCAGUGAUAGUUAUUGGAUAGCCAUGAUGAGCCGGUGGGGGGGGGUGUGUUUUCGGUGAUUGUACUUUUUAAUUUUGUUUUCCUUUGUUUGCAUAAAAAGAAAAAAACUGUGAAUGAAUUUAUUACAAUGCUGAUCUAAAAUAUAAUAAUUACAAGACAGCAUAGGAUGAGGUAAAACUCUAGAACCAGCUAAAAUACAGUAGUGGCAAUUGUGAAAGUAGACAAAACAUGUCAAUGCUUUGAAGGAUGUGAACUGGAACAGAAUAAUGUUAUUCAAUUGCGAAUCUGUUUUUAGAGGAUUUAAACCUAACAUGGUGAACAAAUUAUAUUAUACAAUUCAGGCAAUUUGUCUGGGGUUAUCUCAUAUAGUGUGGCAAGUAUUAAUCUGGAAAGACCUUUGUAAUAUCACAGUCUAAAACUGGAUUUAAAGAGAUGCAAAUCAGUAAAUGAAUCACAUGAAAAUGAAUCACAUGAAAAUGAAUAAAUAAAUAUGGAAAGAAAAAAAAAACACCGGAUAAUUUGACUAACCUUCCUCUAUUAAAGCAUUAUCUAAAGGCAA